GAAUUCGUCCGGGCGCGUCGCCCGAAGCUGAGAAUCGUGGCGAGAAACCAAACGUGACUGAUAGCCUUUGACCUCGCAUGAAUGUCGGCGAUUGUGACCCGUGGUAUAUCGAUAACGACCGUAUUUCGAGUGAAAUCGUUAUAAUAGUGAGAGAUGUCGAUAGACUUGUCCCUUUCAUCUGCACUUUCUGCACUUUUGUGCCACACUUUUGUGCCUCGUGUGCGUUGAACGCGACGUGACCAACGGAAUUUAUUCUGUUUGGAUGAUGAAACUGCAAGGUUGAGAGUGAGUGAAAUUGAAGAAAAGAAAGAUGAUAUGAUGAUGACAUGAUAUAAAACGUGGAGUGUAAGCGGAACUCUAUUUGAACGGAGAAAGUGAGAGAGUAAGGUGAGGUUAUAAAAGGACGUAUUCAUUGGAAGAAGAAAGAAAUAAAAAUAAUAAUAGAAGCAUGUGGUUGAUCGUUUUCUAACCAACCAAGCCCAGCUAAUGAACCUUGCGUGAGCGACACAUGGUCGAUUUGACGACAGCGUGUUUGCACAAAUUAAACUAACUGAAACGUUUUAAUGGCGGGAGGAAAGCGCCCGGUUCGCGGCGGUAAGAGGAAAUUUGACGGACGCAGCAAGCGACCGCCGAAACCGAAGAAGGGUAAAUUUGAUUUUAGGACAGCGUCUUACAUCAAAGAACGUGAGGCAAAAGCCGAAGAGCUUGAGGCCCGCAGGCAGAUAGCAGAACAGCAAGCGGCGAAACUGCGUCUCUUGCAGGUUUUGGAAUAUGACACUUCUGAGGAUGAAGAUCCUAUGGAAGCCUUGUUAGCCACGUUUCCAGGUUAUAAAAAGCCACAGGCAAUUAGUUCAGAAAGCGAAAGCUCCGACGAAUCGACUAAUGUAGAGAAUACAGUUGAAACUGCAACUAUAACUGCUGAAACAAAUGAUAAGGAAUUUUCUCAUUCUCAAGGAACGGAAGAAACAUUCAGAGGGAAAAGACAGGAGGAGAAUGUAGAAGAAAAUGAUGAGAUUGAGAUCAGAAUGAAAGAAGACGACGAGGAGGAUGUUGAGACUGCUCAGGAGGAUGCUGGCCAUAUAAAAGACCCAUUCUCUGUACAUCUGCGCAAUGAUUUAGACAUUAAACUUUAUCAAGCAGUCAGUGCAACACCACAAAUCAUAGAAAAGACGACACUAUCUUGGCCCAUACUUGGAAAUCUGAUAUGUGAGAUUCCAAAACCUAACCUAGACAGAGAAAUAAACGAGGAUAAAGGGUCCAAACUUUUGGAUGAAGAUAAACAGUAUGCGAGCUAUGGCAAAAUUCCAAGCCUGAUCAAAACAAUAGAUUGGAAUAAAUUGCAUGUAAAAUCACAGAUUCAGAAUAAUCUUGCUCAUCACAAUAAUCCUUUUACAUCUUUGACUCCCCUUCAGCAGGAGUUGUUUUCGGUGAUAAACAAUUACCAAGAUUUAUAUUACCCAGAGAGAAGCUUCUCAAACGCCGACCAGAUACGAUUUGUGUAUUGUUUACAUGCGAUCAAUCAUAUAUUAAAGACCAGAACAAAAGUGCUGCAUCAUAAUGCAAAGUUAGCAAAGUCUGAUGGGACGAUCCCGGAGGAGUACAGAGACCAGGGCGUAGUGAGGCCCAAAGUGCUCAUAAUAGUGCCAUUCAAGCAUUCUUGCUUGAAGAUAGUGAAGACAUUGAUCUCCAUUUUAAUCGGAGAGGAUAAAGGUGGCUCUGUUAUGAACAAGCUGCGAUUCAUGAAGGAUUUCACUGGGAAUGAAUUGGCGAUACCCAAGAAAAACCCUAAACCGCAUGAUUACGAGCAGACUUUCCAGGGUAACAUCGACGACAAGUUUAAGAUUGGCAUAGCCAUUACCAAGAAGACACUCAAAUUAUACAGCAAGUUCUAUUCAUCCGACAUUAUAAUCGCCUCGCCGUUGGCACUCAGACGGUUGAUAGGCACGGAAAGUGAAGUCGACAGAGACUACGACUUUCUGGCGUCUAUAGAGCUGCUGAUUCUGGACCAGGUCGAGUUGAUCACCAUGCAGAAUUGGGAUCACUUGCACUACGCCUUGAAGCAUCUGAACUUACAGCCCAAGCAGAUGCACGACACCGACAUUUUUCGCCUGAGAACUUGGUGCCUGAACGGCUGGACCAAGUACUACAGGCAGACGUUGAUCUUCUCCGGCAUAGAGUUGCCGCACAUAAACGGCGCGCUGAAGAAGACGUGCUUCAAUUACGCAGGCAGAGUGAGAGUAGUGAAUCCAGUGGGGCCGGGCUCGAUCUGCGAUGUGGACGUCGCGAUUCCGCAGGUGUUCUACAAGUUCGACGCGUCUGAUCGUGUGCAGGCUAUCGACGGCAGGAUGGAGUUCUUCCUGAAAGAGGUGCUGCCGGAGUACAAAGACUCUGUCUACAAGAAUCACACGUUGAUCUUCGUGCCGUCCUACUACGACUUUGUGUCGCUGCGUUACCACAUGAUGAAGGAGGACAUGAGCUUCGCGCAGAUCUGCGAGUACACGGAGGACGCGAAAGUCGCCAAGGCGCGGGACAUGUUCUUCCACAGCGACGUGCACUUCCUCCUUUACACGGAACGCUUUCACUUUCACCGCAGACCUAGGAUCAAGGGCAUCCGCCACCUCAUCUUCUACCAGCUGCCUAUUUUCCCGCAGUUCUACAGCGAGAUGUGCAACCUCAUGUCGGCGGAGUAUCAGAACCCCCGCGGUGGCUCCAAGCACAACAUGUCGAUCGCCGUCAUAUACAACAAGUUCGAUUGCUAUGAGCUCGCCAGGGUCGUGGGCGAAAGAAGAGCCUGUAAAAUGAUCAAGUCGGACUUGAAGUAUCAUAGACUCACGUGCUCGAGCACGUGACAAGGUGUAGAUACAAUUAUUUAGGCAACAAUUACAGAAAGCCGC